ACAACACCAUCUUAGUCUUAGCAAGUGCAUACAUCAAACAGAUAUCAUGGGCGGCAGAGCAAGUAUCUCAGAUACUGCCCAUCAGCGUCCUGCUAGUUGUAAGCUAGCAGCACCUCUCCCUCACAACUACGAAUGCAUCAUACAGGAUGCAGACAUGAUGAACAUAAACCAGUCAGAGCUUCACCAUCACCUGAGCUCUGGGAUCUUCUUGAAUCAAAAGAAACAGCUGUUCAGAAGUACUGGAUUGAUAAUUCAGGUUACAACUGCUUUAUGUUGUUUCCCAGGGAUCUUGCCAUAACUUGGGCUGAAGACAAGCAGUACUGGCAGUGGUCUUCCAUGAAAGAAUCAUCAACAAGUUGCGAGAUGGCAAUUGAAGUAGCUGAACUUUUGAAUGUGUGUUGGCUGGAAGUAAAUGGAAAACUCGACAUAUCAAAACUCAACCCGGGAGUAAAAUACGAGGUUGUGUUCGUAGUAAUGUUGAAAAAUUCAGCUUACGGAUGGGAAAAACCAGUUAACCUCAGACUUGUACACUCAGGCUCCCAAACACAACUACGCAAGGAAGAUUUACAAAAAAAGCCAAAGUCACAGUGGAUAGAAGUUCAGAUUGGUGAAUUUCAAACACCACCACAACCAGCUGAUGACAAACAAGGAAAAGAAAUUCAAUUCUCUUUGUUUGAAUGCGAAAAUCAGAAUUGGAAACGUGGACUUGUCAUCAAAGGAGUCAUUGUCGACCUAAGAAAUAAAUCAAAAGCUAGGUUGGAUGACAUGUUCUACUCGUAUCAAUAAGCCAGUAUAUUUUCACAAAGAAAUACUUUACGUGAAAAGAACGGGCAAUGGAAUUAUUAUGUAUAUGUAUAAUAAGAUUAUAUGAGAUGAUUAAAACUACCUGUCGACUACAUAUUCCAGUGGGGAUAUUCGGCGAAAGUUAAUUCAAACGAAAUGAUUUGCAUCGAGUUAUCAUUACUUUGACAGGCACUACUUAUGAUGGCGAGCAGUGAUGUUGUGAAGGAUUUUUUCAGGAAGAAUACUCAGGGUUUAAUUGGUCAUUUGUUCUCUGUUAUCAGUACUUUGAUAUCUUUCGGGAGCCAAUUACACUACCUCCACCGGGAGUUUGGACCACACAAUCCUUCUUAAACCAAAUUUUGAACCCACCAUACCUGAGAUCCUAAAUAUGUCCAUGCAAACAUAAGUCUGUGGUGGAAAAAUUGGUUCAAGAAAUGAUUUCUACUGGCAUUAUAGUCAUAGCUCAUUUGCUUUUUCAAUAUUACUGGUCAAGAAGAAGGACAACACUUGGAGAUUUUGUGUUAUAGAAGACUGAAUAACCUCACUGUUAAAGGACAAGUUUCUUAUUUCCAUUUUGGAGAGAAUUUUCAACCAUUGUUAUUGUAACUCCAGGAAAUCCUAUAGCACACCCAAAUGAUAAAUUACACAAAUUCUAAGA